AGGGUGAAGAAUGAAUGCAGUAAAAUUGCAUGUAGAAUUUUGUUUUUGUUCUAUCUUCAGCAUCAAAUCAAAUCAAAUUAAAUCUUUAUUACAGCAUAAGAAGGGUGGGAUACAAACACUAAUUUUAAAAGCAUCUUACAUGAGAGGAGUGAAGAGAAAGAGAUUUAUAUAAAAUUUUACCUUUGGUAUUGGUUAGUGUGCUUGGAAAAAACGUUAAGGUUAUGAAUCAACUCAAAGGCACAGCAGAGUCAAAUGGAAAACAAAUCUAUCUAGAUUGCUCCAUUUCAGGCUGCAGAUCAAAGGUUACAAGUCUGAAAUUAUCUCAUCAAGAAAACUCUCGGUAUAGUUAAAAACAGCCCAUUGAAGAACAUUGAUAAAUUCUACUCUCUGAAAUGCUCAUUUUCUCAGUGCAAAGAUAGGGGAAAGAUAGCAGGAUUCGUACGGGCAAUUGUUUUUCUGCUACCUGAAAAAAUGACAUUGUCUAACAGUUUCUUCCUCUUGAUUUGACUGUGCAAAACAGCAGCUGCAGGUUAGCCUGGGAGGACAGCUUUGCAAAAUAGGCUGUUCAGUCACCCAUUUCCCCCUUGUAGGCCCCAAAGAACCAGCAUAGCUGUAUGUGCCUGGGUAACAUAGGACAACAUUUUAGUGAAAAAUAAAUCUUGCGGGCGUCUUGCAAAAUAUCCUCUAUCUAUAGUUGCAGUUUCCAUAUAGUGAGUGCUAACAGGCAAUAUAAGCCAUUAAAAUUUUAAAGCCCAUUUUUUCUGCUCUCCUUUUCUUGAAGCAGCUUACCUUUACUUUCAAACAUCUCUCUCUCUCUCUGUCUCUCUUUUUCCCCUUUCCUUUUCUUCUCCCCAAACAGCCGGGAGGGGCUGACAAGGUAGGACAAGGCUACCCUACCAAAAAAUUCUAGUUCCCCUUGCAGCCGAGUGAAAGGAGCUGCUAGAAGACAUUUCUGACUUCAGAGUUGACAGGAAAGGAAAUCCUUGCUACAGGAUUUGCAGGAGGGAAAAGGAAGGGUGGGGGGUGCAUUUUUGGGAGAUGGCUCAGAAGGGAGACAGUAAAGCUGGCUUAACGCCUGGGAUUUCUUUGACUCCCCCUUCCGCCCACCCCCUGCCCCCUUCCUCAGCUCAGAAGAAGGGCUUGAUUAAAACCAAAUGUCCAACAUUGGACAAAAAGGAAUUUUCUCUCCUGCCCUUACAUGGAUAAGAUGGUUUUUCUCCUACCCCUCCCCUGCUCAAGACUCCACCCUUUCUCGGUUCUUGUUGCUUGUCUUGCCCUUCAAUUUCUUCAGGAAGUAAGCGUUUUCCGAUUUUGGCUUGGAAAAAAAUAGCAAUUCCUAUUGUCUGUCAUGUAAUUGUGAAACACAGACAGAUUAGGGUAACCUUUUAGUCCCCAGAAAUUCUUGUCGGUUCUCCCCAUUGCGUCUUACUUUGCCACAACCCGAACAGGAAAGGACUAUAUUAACUUUGGGCGGACAAUAUGUCACUCAGCCUUUUCAAACCCCUGGAUCUUUCAGACUUCAGUUUCUAUUAUUCAUAGCCCGUUCAUAAUACAUGCUGUGUAAGCUAGGAAGAUUUAUCUCUAUUUACAAAAGGAAACAGCUUUACUUUGGACUUCGUUACUAGUUUGUACGUAUUUUAAAACCAUUAGAAGAAUUUUCUUGGCCUGAUUCCAAGCUCAGUUACCCAAUGAAAAAUGCAGGACGAUUGCUCAAAAUAGAGGAAGGAUUUUCUUGCAAGAGCCAGACAGCAAAACGAAGAUUCAGCCAUACUUGGCCAUGGAAAGCUGAGAGUGAUAGGAUAUAUAGUGACAAGGGGCUCUGGUGUGAAGUUGAUGUGAAGCCUAUUAGAUGUGUAAAAUAAGAUGCCCUUGCCCUAUGGAUGUGUGAGACCCAAGGAAGACCACUUUGGGGUGGGUGAUCUUAAGAUGUCCAGAUCCUUUCCUAGGUGCAGUGUGGAUUUUCAUGAAAUGGAAUUGUCCAGCAUCAAAGUGGAGCAUUGACAUAAAAGAUUUCCCUUAUCUUGAGGAAAUUCCAUUUCUUUACAAAGAGAUCUUUGCACAAUGCCAGUAACCCGUUCAAAAUCAGUGGGCAACACCAGUGCCCUGACCUCGCCCUUGGGAAUUGUUCGCCUCCUGGAAGCCCUUUUCACCUGUGUGGCCUUCAGCUUGGUGGCCAACCGGGAGGCCUGGUAUGGCCGCAAUGGGGACUGGUGCAUGUUCUCCUGGUGCGUCUGCUUUGCCAUCACCAUUGUCAUCUUGGUGGUCGAAUUUGCAGGCCUUCAGCAUCGCAUGCCGGUCUCUUGGAAGAACUUCCCCAUCACAUUCGCCAUGUAUGCCACCCUCAUGUGCCUCUCUGCUUCCAUCAUCUACCCGGUAUUCUUCAUUUCGAAUCAGUCCCUUAAUCGUGACGAGCGGGGAUACCGCAUUUCUGCCACUGUGUUUUCUUGCCUAGCCUGCCUGUCUUACCUCACUGAGGUCAGUUUAACCAAAGCUAAGCCAGGAGAAGUGACCGGCUACAUGGCAACAGUCCCAGGGCUGCUGAAGGUGGUGGAGACCUUUACUGCCUGCAUCAUCUUUGUCUUCAUAAGUGACCCACCUACUUAUGACCGUCCAGAGGCUCUUAAGUGGUGUAUGGCAGUCUACUGCAUCUGCUUCAUCCUCUCACUCGUGGUGAUUAUCCUCUGCAUUGGCGAAUGCACUGGCUGGUUGCCGUGUCCAUUCAACAAAUUCCUCAGUGGCUACACUUUAUUGGCCGUGCUCAUGUAUGCCACCGCCACAAUUAUUUGGCCUCUCUACAAGUUUGACCAGAAACACGGGGGGUAUCCAUCUCGAAGCUCAGUCUGUAGAGGUAGCAACUUCUGUGUAUGGGACAAGAAUGUUGCCGUAGCUGUUCUAACCGCUAUCAAUCUGCUGAUGUAUCUGGCGGAUCUGGUGUAUUCUGCACGGCUGAUUUUCAUCCAGGGGUAGACAGUGGCUGGCAGUAAGGAGAAUCAAGGCAGCAGUGUACAAAAGAAGGGAAGUGGAAAGAGAAGAAGGGGUCAUGCUUUUCUCUCUUUUGUUCUGAUUUUUCCUUUCUUCUGUCUCUCUCCUCUGCCUGCAGUCUCGGACUAAUUCAUUCUGUUUCUCUCCUGCCUUCUCAGUUACCUUGUUCUUAGCCUAGAUUUAUGCUCUGUGCUUGCCACAUAAUAAUUCUUUUCUUCUCUCUCCAUCCUGAGCCUAUUGCACAUAAUAGCCAAAUGAUCAUUUGUUGUAUGCAGAGCUUGGGAUGGCUCACAAAUGCUUCUGCCUAAUCAACUUUGGCUAUUCCCAUGCAUGUAUCUUCGCCAGUAAUAGUUCGUUCAUAUUCCGAGGCAUGAGGAGGCUUAGGGCUAUUAAAGGUGGUGUUGCUUGGAAUUGCAGGUGCCAGUCGAGGGGGAGAAAAAGCAGAGAGAGAGAGAGGGUCACGCACUAUCCUUGAUGGUGAGACUCCAGGAUGCAGGUUGUCCUCGACUUACAACAGUUCAUUUAGUGACCGUUCAAAGUUACAACGGCCCUGAAAAAAGUGACUUACGACCAUUUUUCAUACUUAGCCAUUGCAGCAUCCCCAUGAUCAUGUGAUCAAAAUUCAGAUGCUUGGCUACUGACUCACAUUUAUGACGGCUGCAGUGUCCCGGGAUCAGGUGAUCAGCUUUUGACAAGCAAAGUCAAGGGGCAAGCCAGAUUCCAUUAACAAACAAACAUGUUAUUAACACUGCAGUCGUUCACUUAACAACUGUGGCAAGAAAAAUGUAAACUGAGGCAUACCUCACUUAACAAAUCCCUCAGCGGUAGAAAUUUUGGGCUCCAUUGUGGUCGUAAAUCGAGGACUACCUGUAUUCUCAUAAAAAUAAUUCAUUUCCUAACAUGUUCCUUAAAUUACUUAGCUUGCAGUUAGGUUUCCCAUUCUCUGUCUUUCUCACCCUGGCUACCCUCUAUCCAGACCACUUAACUUCAGAAACACAUUUCGACAUCCACCAUCAGCCAGUCAGAUUCAAGAGGAAAAGAAUGCAACUGAAACAGGAACUUUGCUAGCAGAAAAGAAAAGUUCAGAGCAUUCUUGAUGUACAUAUUUUAUUUGGCCUUAAAAAAAAUAUUCCUCCAUUUUAGUGCCUUAAAUAUAUUGGGUUCCUCUUUCUGUCAUCAUACAAAGAAACCCCUUUCCCUUUACCAAAUAUACUUGCUGUUUUCCAUUAUGAAUAUGUAUGGGGGGAGGGAGGUAGAUGUUUACAGUAGAGCCAUUGGCUGCUUGCAUUUUUCAUUGGAAUGAAUGGGGACUGCACGGAAGCAGCACUAGAGGGGUGGUUUGCUUUGCAUCACUGUGGAGGGUUUAUUCUCCAUGGUUGCUCUGGGAGAAGUUAACUGUACAGUAAAGGAUUCACCUCUGCCUGUAAAUCUGCAGUAGAAAUCCCGACGUCCUGCAAAAUGAUUCAUGCAGGAUCUGUUGAGGCUUGCAGUAACUUUAAGGGCAGUUCUUUGUUUUUUUCCAAAAAUCAACAAAAUACAUUGGAGAGGUUACAAGGAACACUUUGAUUUGGGGGAAAUGGAAAGCCACUUAUUUGUGAUUGUACCAGACUGAAAGAUAACGGCUGCAGUGGAGCAACAUUUAAGUAAGAGUUAAAAAUCCUCGCCUUCAAGUUUCUUAACAAAUAGAUUGUUUUACAGAAAGAUAGCGUAAAUUGUUUUUCUUUACAUUUUGAUGUUUUUUUAAAAGUGUCUGUAAGACCUCUGUUUUUUAAAUAAAAAAAGCAUAGUAGAAAAAUACAUGCUUUGCAAAGUAUUCAAUACAUAACUUUUGGCUUUUUUAUGGUUGCUAAUCUAGUAAUAUUUUUUUUGAAUAUCCAAGCACUUGGUAUUAGAUAAUAUUGCUUUUCAACUUUGUAUUUCAGAAAACAUCAGUCUUUUCCCGUUAGGUCAGCAAUAGAAGUUAUUUGUAUGUGUUUCUACUGCAUUUACCAUUCUAUUUUAAAAUAAAAAUACUUAUAACAUCAUGCAGUGUAGGCAGAAAUGUAAGCUUCCUUCUUGUCUCAAUUACCCGCAACUUCAUCUACAAUGUUUUUAUUAUUUUUUGAAAUAUGCAAAUCCAUGUAUGUGUAAAAAAUAAAGGAGCAAUGUUACAA